AUAAAUCGUAGAAGAAGCGCUUUACGCUCGCAGAUGUUUACGUUAGCACUUCCGUAGCUCCUUGUAAGCGGAAUAACGUUACCAGUUGGAUUUCAAAUCAACCUUUUUCAUGAAAUUCUCGGUUUUAUCCAGCGUUCACUACUUCAGGACUAAACAUGCUUAACAAAUCAUUGUGACUCAGCUCGAUUGAAGUCCACAGCAUCCGUUUUAUCGCGAGUUUUCCCUCAUUCAUCGCAGGUGAAGCUAAGUCCGCUGCGGCGUUAGUGGACGUUAUUUAGCUAAAUUUAUCAUUUGACCUGCACUUUGUCCUGGGUUAAUUUAAAAUUCAAGCAAGCCAGUCAUGGCCACUAGGCGUCUGACCGAUGCCUUCUUGUUAAUGCGGAACAAUGCGAUCCAAAACCGGCAGAUUUUGGCUGAGCAAGUGAGUACAAACGAGCCCCGUCUGAGUACACGUAGCAAUGCUGCGGAGCUUGAUGAGAUGGCUGAUGACCGCAUGGCUCUGGUGUCCGGCCUCAGUCUGGAUCCUGAAGCUGCCAUCGGUGUCACUAAAAAACUGCCUCCCAAAUGGAUAGACGGGGUCGAUGAGAUCCAGUAUGAAAUCACACGAAUCCAACAGAAGAUGAAGGACCUGGCUCUGCUUCAUGACAAGCACAUGAACCGUCCCACUCUGGAUGACAGCAGCGAAGAGGAGCAUGCUAUAGAGAUCACUACACAGGAGAUCACGCAGAUGUUUCAUCGAUGCCAGCGAGCUGUGACGAGCCUGCAGUCCCGUCGGGGCCACUGCACCGAGCAGGAGGAGAGACUCCUGACAAACGUGGUGUCGUCUCUGGCUCAGAGCCUGCAGGACCUCUCCAUCAACUUCAGACACACACAGUCUGGCUACCUAAAACGUAUGAAGAACCGUGAGGAGCGUUCCAAACACUUUUUUGACUCGGGGCCAUUAAUGGAAGAAGAUGAAGAAUUAGCUCUGUAUGACAAGGGCUUCACAGAUGACCAGUUGAUGCUGGUGGAGCAGAACUCUGUGAUGGUGGAAGAGCGAGAGAGGGAGAUCCGACAAAUAGUGCAGUCCAUCUCAGAUCUCAAUGAGAUUUUCCGAGACUUGGCUGGAAUGGUGGUGGAGCAGGGCACUGUCCUCGACAGAAUCGACUUUAACGUGGAGCAGGCUUGUGUGAAAACAGAUGAUGGAUUGAAACAGUUACAAAAGGCGGAGCAGUAUCAGAAGAAAAACAGGAAGAUGCUGGUCAUUUUAAUCCUUUUUGUUAUAGUUAUUGUUCUAAUUAUUAUUCUUUUUGGAACAAAGUUUAAAUAAUCCAUUCCUAUGGCUUGUGUUGCCUGUCUGAGUGUUUUUGUUGUGUUAUGUGGACUUGGACUCAGUUCUGCUCCGAACAAACGUUUCUGCCUUUCAUAUCCACCAGGAAGCAUCAAGAAGAAUUUUACGUCUUUUCUGGUGCUCUGCAAGCUGCGUGGAGAUGCUCUGCUUACAUUUUAACAAAAAAAAACAAAAAACAGUCUGGUUAAGAUAUAUAUUUUUAAUCAAAUGGUAACUAAGAGUGCUAGAAGUCUGCUGAGCCUCGACCAAGUCGACACGUUUGAGUUGAAAGAAGCCUUUUGUUGUCUGACCAUCGAUGUUAAAACUUCUGCUUAAUCAAAGCACCGAUUGUGAUUUCUGUUUUCAUGAAGGUGAAUCGUUUCCGUCUAAAAUGAAAUAGAUUUAGUUUCUGUGGGGAAGAAGAGUGAACAAAAUGAAAAACAGUAUCCAGCAGGUGCAGUUUCACUGCUAAUUUACUGUCACCUAAACGUUACAUCAGUAUUUGUUCUUGAAAAUAUUAAAAAAAAGUCUUAUUAGGGAUCUUCUAGCUACACUUAGAAUAGCCACUUAGUAGCAAAACACUUCAGAUUAGAGGACCACUUGUUUUAUUUUCAUGUGCUACUUUAAUACCAAUUAUUCGGUUAUUGAUGCUCCAUGUUGGUCUGAGUGCGUAGCUGUGAUCCACCUAUGAGUUUAAAAUUUGGCUUCACAUUUGAUGCACUUUUCCCAAGUGCUUAUUUUAAAAACACUACUAAAUUCCAUGGUCUUUACAUAAAGUGCUACCUUUUAAUCCUGUUGCAAUUUGCACAUACUGAGGCUUGAGAUGAGGGGGUGCUGUGUUAUGAUGUUACUACUGUCACCUGUAUGUUAUAUAUAAAGAAUUAUUUAUUUUCUGAUAAAUAAUCCAGAGGUAUUCUGUUUCUGGUAGGUUUGCUGUAUAUUGAGUAGAUUAUGUCUAAUAUGAACGCAACAGUUGUUCACUGAAUGAAAACUGAUUUUGUUCGAUGCAGGCAGACAAUUAAAUGCCUAAUAAUUUUAUUAAUAUCGUUUUUGUCCCAUCGCUACAUGUUGUGUAAAGACUGAAGAUAAGGAAUGAAGAGAUUUAUUAUCUGUACUCAACUUUCCACUUUAUACACCUGAUAAAUCAUCUUUUUGUCAAUGA